GCACGGUUGACAGCUAACUAGCGCAGCGCACUUCACAACAGCCAGCUGAUGCCGACUUGCUUUCCACAGUCGUUACCGUUUUAGUUUGGUUUUCGGCAACACAUUAACCGUUAUACUCAAAUACAUCCUUCGGGAGAGACAUAAUUAAGAUUAAUUCAUACAAGUAUGGCGGUUGUACGUAAAAGCCUUGACAGCUCUUCGUCUCUGUAGUUAGCUAGCUAGCUAGCUAGGUAAAGUUGGUAGAACUGAAUAGCAUCAACGCUAGCUAGCUAAGUUACAGCGGAUUCUUACAAUCUGGCAUCAAAAAACCUCAUUGUCAGCCAUGGGAAUACUAUUUACAAAACUAUGGAGGCUUUUUAACCAUCAAGAGCACAAAGUUAUUAUUGUGGGCCUGGACAAUGCUGGCAAGACCACAAUUCUUUACCAGUUUUCAAUGAAUGAGGUGGUGCACACCUCUCCUACGAUUGGGAGCAACGUGGAGGAGAUUGUGGUCAACAACACCCAUUUCCUGAUGUGGGACAUUGGGGGCCAGGAGUCCCUUAGGUCAUCGUGGAAUACAUACUACACAAACACAGAGUUUGUCAUUGUGGUGGUCGACAGCACAGACAGAGAAAGGAUCUCAGUGACCAAAGAGGAACUCUACAGAAUGCUAGCACAUGAAGAUUUAAGAAAGGCAGGCCUGUUGGUCUUUGCCAACAAGCAGGAUGUGAAAGGUUGCUUGUCUGUGGCUGAGAUCUCCCAGAGCCUUCAGCUUACCUCUGUCAAAGACCACCAGUGGCACAUCCAGGCCUGCUGUGCCCUCACUGGGGAGGGGUUGUGCCAGGGUCUUGAGUGGAUGAUGUCACGGCUGCGCGUGAGAUGAUGACCUUUGACUUUGACCAAGAGUGCGCCCUUGCUCUUUGUUUUCUCUGCCUCCAGACAUUGACUUGAAAUGAGGAUGGGGGUGAGGUCGGUUGAUGGAUGGCCCUCUCCUCUUUCCUGUGAUGCUGACGUGGGCAGACCGCUGCCAGGACGUUAUAUUCUUCUGUGAUAAUUUAUUUUACAAAAGACGUCUGAACUCAGAACAAAAAACAUGACCUUUUCAGAAGGAUAUUGAACAACAAAAGAGACUCCAAUUAUUUCAUUUGAAAUGUGUGCACGGUUUUCUUUUCAGCAAAACACAGAAGUCAGCAGGGUGUCUGACAUGGAACUGUACAUGGACUUAUUCUUCAGCUGUGUGUGACUCUAGCCCAUGGUGGCCUUGCAGUAUUGCCAGACUGGCUGUGGCAGUUUUUAUUGCCCCCUACCCUGUGUGUACAGUCCAGUAUUCUCUUUUAACCUGGUGCCUGCAGCAGAAUGUCCAAGUGAUGAUGGUUGAUGGUGACUGAAAAGUGCAGAAAGGAGGGUCAAAUCACAAAAUACCCUCUUCUUUUCAGUCCCUAUGAAUAAUCAGUGAAAUAAAGUGUUUUUAUCUGUUUCAGGUGAAUUGCAGCGUGUCAUAAAUGAGUAUUUCUUUCAGGUGAUUCACUUGAUUGCUCUUUAUUUCUGUAUGAUUUACUUUACUCUCAGUAUAAUUGUGAACUACAGUAUAUUGAGUUUCUUGUUUGUAACGUCAGUUAUUCUUUUUUUAGUCCUUUAGGGGGCAGAAUGAGGCACAUGAGCUCAUGGUCCCUGGUGCUUUUCAGGGAGUAUGAUGAGAAGCUACAGGACUAGAGAGGAGAGAGCCAGAGUUAGACAGCAGAGGGAUUCAGGGAGAGAAGAAGAGACCAAGUCCAAGCACACAGUGAGUUGUUAAGAUAAGAAGAAAGCACAGCAGAAUAACAAGGACGACAUAGUAGGAUUAUCAGUAGGAUAAUCAAGUUCAAAUCAAUGGGAACUAACACAAACCAAAGCCAAACUAUUCCACUUAUUUGUGGUGCCUCCGCUGCCUCACUUUGUUGAUAGGUUUGCUUCCUCAGAUCCAUUGUUGUGGUAAUGUUGCUAUGUGGAAGUUGCUUUUUACAGUGUCAGCAAACAACCCUAUCUUUAUCCUUAAAGUUGUCAUUAUGACAUGUUUCCAUGCUUUGGUCUUGUGACUAUCCUUUCGUCUUGGUUUACUACUUACUUUGCUGACUCAUGAACAGCUUUAAACCUAGUCAUAAAUAUGGUUCAUUUAAAUAUUUUCAUACUGUGUGAUAACUACCUAUUCUGGCCUUGUGUUUUUGAAUAGCAAGAUUCUUGAAAUGUCUUUUUAACCUUGAGCAGCCAGUUUCACUGUGAGCAUUAAUAUAUUAAUAUUUUUACUCUAACAUUGAAUCAAAUGAUCAAUGUGUGUAAUGUAGAAGUAACACGCCUACAGAGAAUUAUUACUCAAACCGUCAGCUCCAUUUUUAGUGUCUUUUAGCUGACUUUUUUUUUACGGCACAUUUACUCUGAACAAUAGAAAUAGGUGGAGUGGAGAUGUAAAUGAAUGAACAAAAACACUUAGUAACAUUCUAGUGUGUGAAGAAGAUCAUAUCACUGCUAGGACAACUGAGCAAAUGCCAUCUGCUAAUGAGAAAAGACCAAAAGAUGCGUCUUAAAAGCACAGAAAAGAAAAUUCUGUUAGUGGACCUUGUGCUAGAAUACUUUUGUCAAAUUUUGCGUAUUCUAUCCUUUUUCCAACCUAUUUAAAAUAUGCUCUGCAUUAAUUGGUGUACAUGUUUAAACAGAUGCAAGUUUUUUAUCAUUGCUCCUAAAUUUCAAACAAUCGGGGACUUACUUAAUAUUGAAUUGAAACAUCCUCAGACUGGAGUUGUUGGCUUUACUGCUUUGAGUUUCACACUGAUCUAUGAAUAGCUUUCAGUCAGAAUGUUUCAUCUGUAAAACUUUUUUUUAUAAAUUUCAGUUUAAGCAGACAUUCCAGGUAUUUUAGCAGGUAAGUCAAACCCAAAUAAUACCCAGUCAACACAAUUUCAAUAACUGUCAUCCAUUAAGUUUAUCUUCAUAAGGAUUUAUUGAAAUACUGUACACCUUGUUCCAGUUUUCCACCAUUCCACAGUGCAGGACAGGAGACCUGUGUGUCCUCACUUUAUUUUAAGUAAUGUGUCAGUGAUAGUGUCCGACAGUAUAACCACCCCAAAGAUGUGAAUGGAGAGUUUAGUCCUUUGGUUGACAUACUUUUUGCACAGGUCUAAUUUAUGUUGAGAACCAUGAAGGCAUGUGUGAUAGUACAGACUAGCAAAUCUUUCUAAAUCGCAAAGUGAUAACAGACAUUAUAGUCAUUUGAUGAUUCCGAAGUUACCAGCAUGAACUUACCCAAGACAUCACUUUCCUCUUAUAGAGCUAGAAAGGUCAGUGCAGAUGUUUGUGUUCAUCUGGAAAUCUUUCAUAAACAACAACCUAUCCUGUUCUAGCAAAGUAUUUCCAUGACUGACUAAUUGGUCAUUUUAGGCCUCUUACCUCACUAGAAUGUAUUGUUUUCUAAGGUGUUGGUGGGCUAAGCUUGACAAUUGGCAGUGUUUGUGUUGUGGUUGUCUAUCCUGCAGCUGUUGUGUUCUGCUCUCACUGGUCAUCAGUCAUUUUUUCCAAUGACUAAGCAUCAUGUAGCCCCCUCCCUUGGUGUCCUUGGCAUUGGGUAGUAAUUAUUUUGACUGCUAGAAUCAUUAAAAGUCUGUGAUACCCUG